CCCCAGAAGGGAGAUCCCGUCCGAGACCAGCACAAAAGGGGUCUUUUGCUAUUGAGGAGCAAGAGUGUCCCAAGGAAGGAAAGGUUGGGGGCGGGGGAGGAGAUGGUUGUUCAUUUUUAUUGUUUAUCUCAUGCUUAGUUGGGGCUGCUCCCUGCCCUCUUUCCCCAAAACAAUUCUCUACUAGCCUCCGCCUCUGUCUCCCCUUGCGGGCUCCGUCCCCCAUCUCAGGAAGUUAGGAACAGAGCAGUUCCUCCCCCAUCUCCCUCAACUGGGGCCGGAAAGUCUUAGAAUAAGAGAAACCGAGAACCUCGUAAUGAGUAACUCCUGGAACUACAACUCCCAGGAACGCCCGGGAGUGAACCGACCAAUCAAACAGCGCUAAGGAAGCCCGCUGGGAUUGAUAUUUCCCAGAAUGCCCUAUGAAAAAGAGGACUAGCCAACAGGUAGCCUUCUGGGACGGAGCCGGAAAAGGGCGUGUCCCUUCCGGUAUCCCCGGAACCACGCCCUCGGAAAGACCUAGCCCAGGUUCGUAACUCUUUCAGCCUUCUUGAAUCCUGACCUGAUGUUGAUUGUCAGCGUCCUGAUUAUGCCUUUGAAGAACCCUCCAUAAAGAACCAUCUAGGUCUGGUGCUCUAUCCACUGUGCCACUUAACUGCUCAGAUUCAUAACCCGUUUUCAAAGAGUUCUGAAGGGAUCUCCAGUAAACAAGGAAUUCUGCAUUCUACUGUAUGGAAGGCUGUCAUCCUGUGAAAUAGUCAUCUUACCUAUGUUAACAAAGUGGAGGAUUGCUGGGGAAGAAGCAAGGCUUUUUUUGAACAUUCCUGUCCAGAAGCUGAUCUGAAGAGAACAGGCAGGAAACUUUGAGUAGGGGCUGCGGCUAGGCCCUAAGCUGAAUGAUGACUUCAGCUGUGGGCUGCCAGGCUUCAGCUCCUCAGGAGCAGGAGGGGCUCCUGAUAGUCAAGCUGGAGGAAGACUGUACUUGGGGGCAGGAAAUCGCUGUACAGGAUCAUGGAACAAGCCCUGAGACCUCCCAUCAGUGCUUCAGGCAUUUCCGCUACCAACAGGCAGGUGGACCUCGGCAGGCUUUCAUCCAACUCCAGGAGCUUUGCCAUCGUUGGCUGAGGCCAGAGAUACACUCCAAGGAGCAGAUCCUAGAGCUGCUGGUGCUGGAGCAGUUUCUGACCAUCCUCCCUGGCGACAUCCAGACCAGGGUACGGGCACAACAUCCAGAGAGUGGGGAAGAGGCAGUGACUCUCGUGGAGGAAUUGCAAAGAGAACAGGGAAGAUGCAGGCGGCAGGUUACAAUCCAUGGGCGGGGACAGGCAGUGCCUUUGGAGGAGACCUCACCCCUGGGAGCAGCACAGGAACCACCGAACUUCAAGCUGGAGCCAUCGGAGACUGAGCAGAGCCCUUGCCUUGGACUACAGGACCUGCUGGGCCCUUGCCCUAAAGGGGGGCCCCAACCCCUAAAGGAGAGGGCAUCAUCUACUCCCUGGAUUUCUCUCCUUCCUUCAAAGGCAGAAGGCACCGAAGACAAAGAGACAGCAGGGUCCCAGUUGCCUGUGACCUUUGAGGAUGUGGCAGUAUACCUCUCUCAGGAGGAAUGGGGGCAUCAGGAGCCCAGUAAGAAGGCCAUUUCCAGGGAAGCCAUGCAGGAGAAUUAUGAGAAUGUGGUUACGUUAGAAUCUCAGAUUCCCAAUCAAGACCCAGCCACCCAAGUAGAACAAGAGGAAAAGGCACGGGAUCCCAAUCUCCAGAGUGUCAAGGAGCAAGGGAGCUCCCGAGCAGAAGAGAAGAAAGAAAACAAAGAAGAGAGUUCUCCUUCUGAACACUUUGAUGAAGAGCAACCUCAAGAAAUACCCUCAGGACAUUCAGAAAUAGAAGUUCCCUGGAGUCCUGAGCAGGGAAAAUCAGAAGGACAAUGGAAUCCUUCUCCAGAGGAGAGACUGGGAAAACCCAUAGCUUGGGCAUUGGGUUGCAAUGAAUUGAUAAGACCAAAGAAACCUCAGCCAGGAGAGAAAUUAUAUAAAUGUCCUGUGUGUGAAAAAAAUUUCUCUAACAACUCAAAUCUUAUUAGACACCAGAGAACCCAUACAACAGAGAGACUCUGUAUGGGUUUAGAGUGUGGGGAAAUUUUCAGCGGGAAUCCACAUUUUAUUCCACCUCAUAGAGUACAUCUGGGAGAAGAAGCCCACAAGUGUCUUGAGUGUGGAAAAAGCUUCAGUCAGAACACACACCUGACUAGACAUCAGCGUACUCAUACAGGUGAGAAGCCCUAUCAGUGUAAUGUGUGUGGGAAAAGCUUCUCUUGCAACUCAAACCUUCACAGGCAUCAGAGGACCCAUACUGGUGAGAAACCCUACAAGUGCCCUGAGUGUGGAGAAAUUUUUUCUCAUAGUUCUAACCUCAUUAGGCACCAGAGAAUUCACACAGGAGAGAGACCCUAUAAAUGCUCUGAAUGUGGGAAAGGUUUCUCUCGAAGUUCACAUCUUGUUAUACAUGAGAGAACCCAUGAGAGAGAGAGAUUUUACCCUUUCUCUGAAUGUGGGGGAACAGUAAGUAACAGUACAGCAUUCAUCACAAAUCAUGGAACCCAGAGAGGAGAGAAGAAACUCUUCAAAUGUUUGACAUGUGGGAAAAGCUUUAGGCAGGGUAUGCAUCUCACCAGACAUCAGAGAAUACACACGGGAGAAAAACCUUAUAAAUGUCCUCUGUGUGGGGAAAAUUUCUCUCACAGCUCUAAUCUUAUUAGGCACCAGAGAAUCCACACAGGAGAGAAGCCUUAUACCUGUCAUGAAUGUGGGGACAGUUUUUCCCACAGCUCUAAUCGGAUUCGACAUCUGAGAACCCAUACUGGAGAGAGGCCUUAUAAAUGUUCUCAAUGUGGAGAAAGUUUUUCUCGAAGUUCUCGUCUUAUGAGUCACCAGAGAACUCACACAGGCUUCUGCCGGCAUCAGACCACGGCGGCGGACGCAGGCGCUCGUGGCACAUCUCCUUCCACUUCUGCAGUGGUGAUGCCGGCCGAGAAGCAGGGAGGUGGGGCGGAACAAGCAAUCCCCGGGAGUCACGGCUCUACCCUUCACUCGCUCUGCUGUUUGGACGUUCCUCAACCUCCCCGGACCCGCGUUCUCCUCCGUAAAAGAAACACUCUGCACCACCUAAGUCAGGGAAUUUACGUGGAGAUCGAGCGAAGUGAAAAGCAGCGGGUUUUCGCCGUAUGGCAUGAUGGAAACGAGAGGUUUCUCUGGUUAAACCAAAGGAGAGUCUCCGCGCCCGCCACAGAAAUCCUUCCGACCGGCUUCCAGGCCCCCUCAACCUGCCUCCCAAAGGAGAGGAAUCGAGAAAGCCGACGGCAGAGCGCCGUAAAAAUGGGACACAGAAACCCGGUUAAGCGAUCGGCCGAGCGUCACUUCCGGGUCCGGUCAGGGCCUAGUCAACAGGACGCUGUCCUAGGAAGGGGUAAGAGACCGCGGCAAGGAGACCCGCGGGAGUGGCGCCGGACAGGGUGGGCGGGAGUAAUGCACUGGGGGAGUCAGCAGCCCCUCCUUACAGCCCCGGCGCCGGGCGGGGCUUGGGGUUUCCAGGUAGGACCGGGUUCGCCGCGGACUUUCUCUUUCGCCUCUGGUUGCCUUCGGCCCUGGUUUCAUACGACCCUCCCCCGAAGGGACGUGACGCAAACUGACGUGACAUCACCUACGUCACGGGUGCCAACACAGAUAGACACAGCAACGUCAUUAGCUUUUGGGGUAGCAUCAAAUACUUCUGGCCACAGGUGUCUUCUCUACCGGUUCUGGGAACUACAGGCAUGUCGUGUGCCUUGGUCCUUAGAUAAACUUUUGGUGACAAGUAGCCCAUGGACCCUGAAAGGUGGUAUCUCCUUGAUGAUGGCCAUAGAGCUAAUGGUGGCUGCAGAUCUGAAUCCCCAGAUCCAAGCUUUAUGGGAGAAAGAAGGGCCUCUAGAAAAAAACCUAAAAGAGAAUUCAAUCCAGAAUCAGGAAAGUGUCCUACAGAAUGAUAAACCUGCUCCUGAGAGCUGCCGACAGCGCUUUAGGAGCUUCCAGUACCAGGAGUCAGCUGGUCCAGAGACCCUUAGCCAACUUAGGGAGCUUUGCCAUCAGUGGUUGCAGCCAGAGAUCCACACAAAGGAACAAAUCUUAGAGCUGUUGCUGCUGGAGCAGUUCAUGAAUAUUCUGCCUGAGGAGACAAAGACCAGGGUUCAAAAGCAUUCCCCAAGGAGCAUCAAGGAGGCAGUGACCCUGGUAGAAGAUUUGCAGAGUACACUUAUAAGACAGAGCAAAGGAGACAGAAAGAAGAUUCCUGAAUUGGACAAUGAGGUUACAGUCCAUGAACAGGGACAGGAAGUACUCUCGGAGAAGGCAGCACCCGUGGAAGGAGCGUCGGAAGCACUAAGCUUCCAUCUGGAGCCAGCCGAGCCCCAGCGUAUGGGGGUGUUCCAAGAAGAGGAAUUAUGGAGUACCCACCCAAGACCACAGGAACCACUGAGCUGUGACCCUGAAAAAGAGCUCCAGCCUGUGCAGGAGAGGGCUCUGCCUGCUCACCAGGUUCCUGUCUUUCCCGAAGACAGACCUACCAGAGAUUGGGAGGUGGCAUCUGUAUUCUUCACACCCGAGUCUCAGAGUCCUGUGACCUUUGAGGAUGUGGCCAUGUAUUUCUCUCAGGAAGAAUGGCAGUUAUUGCGCCCUAUUCAGAAGGAUCUCUAUAAGGAUGUCAUGCAAGAGACUUACAGCAAUAUGAUUUCAGUAGCACUGUUUCUGAUUCCCAAACCUGAACUGAUAUCCUGUUUGGAGCAAGAAGAAGAGCCAUGUGUCACAAAUUCCAAGGAAUCCAAAGAGAUCCCAAAAGAUUCUAAUACAGAAAUGACUGAUUCUUCUAUUUAUCCUAAUGAGGUUAAGGCUACAAGUGAGAAUGAAAAGCUUAAGGCAGUACAUCAUAUUCCCUUAGAAGUACAAGCAGCAGAUAAUACUUUAUCUAUAUCUAAAAAGACUGAUGAGAAAGUUCUCCAGAGGGCAGAAUUGAAAGAAGUUCAUGAAAAACAGUGUGGGGAAGGAAAGCCACAGCAAAAUUUACCCGCAGGAAAAUGGAAGAAAUUUGCUUCCUGGAAAAAAAGUCUACGAAAACUGAUGGAGGUCCACAAGAAAGCCUGUGCAGGAGAAAAACCUUUCAAAUGUCAUAUAUGUGGGAAAAGCUUCAAAGUUAGCUCAGACCUUAUUAAGCACCAGAGAGUCCACACCGAAGAAAGACCCUAUAAAUGUCAAGAAUGUGAUAAAAGGUUCCGAUGGAGCUCAGAUCUUAAUAAACACUUGAUGACACAUCGAGGAAUUAAGCCACAUAGAUGCUCCUGGUGUGGGAAAAGCUUCAGUCAAAACACAAACCUUCUCACUCACCAAAGAACACACACAGGAGAGAAACCCUUUAAGUGUCAUGAAUGUGGAAAAAGAUUCAGUCAGAAUUCCCAUCUCAUUAAGCACCAAAGAACCCAUACGGGUGAGCAACCCUAUACAUGUAGCAUGUGUGGGAGGAACUUCAGUAGGCGGUCAAGCCUUCUAAGACACCAGAAACUCCACAGAGAAAAGGAAACAGUCAAUGUCCUCGUUCUGAAGGAAAGCUCCAAGUGGAGCUGAACCUUUAAAAGAAUAUAGAUUUAUAUGAAUUUAUCAAUAUUUGAAAAAUUUUAAGGUGUAAACCCCAUUUUUCUCUAAAGAGAAUUUAAAGAGACUAUGCAAGAGGGAAUGGCAAUAUUUCUAGUACAUAAUGACUUGUUUAUGACAAGAAAAUUCUUUAUAGGACAGCUAUACUAAGAUUGUAUCUGACAAAAUAACAAGUAUACUAUACCAAAAACCAACUCUUCAAAUAGCAGAUGUUGUCUUGAACCAAAGAAUAAUCUUCAUACACAUACAGUGUGGAAAGGAAUGCUGAUCAUGUCUUAGUCUUUUUUGCCACUCUCAAAAACACAAGUUAAAAUUACUAUCAGAAAUGGCAUUUCCUAAGACAGACAGACAGACACUGACACAGACACACACACACCCCCCUUCAUUUGUUGCAGGUACACCAAUUUCCUAUUCCAAAUUCUGUGCAGCAGAGAUAUCCUAAAUUAUGGUUUUCCCAAGCAUUUCAGUUAAGAUUUUCUCUUGGGCCUCUUGCUUAUAAACACCAUUCACAAGAUUGACUACUCUAACUUCUUGCCUUAACCUCUUAACCUUUAGCAGUCAAAUCCUGUUGAUUCAUUUUUUGCUUAUUUAGUUUACAGAAAAAAACUGUGAAGUAAGAACUCUCAGCUCUUACGUCUCUUAAUUGAUAGUUUAUGGAAGAUGAUGGAUGGCAAGCUAUUCUCUGUCUCUAAUGAAACAAAAUUGCAUUGGAAUUUAUCUCAGGAGGAGAAUUGCAAUUAGAUGUGAGGAGUACACAUUGAGGAGGUUUUGGAAGGAGUUCACAAGGGAAGGUAUAGAAUUUCCUUACCUGGAAAAGUGAACAAGAGGAUAGAACAACCUUGCAAAAGAGCACUUGCCUAAGGCCCCCCCCCCAAAAAAAAAUCAGCUCUAAGUCUGUUACCUUUUAGUAAUAUUCCAUGGGAAACUGGAAACUUAUUUAUUACAGACAGGAUCUUGUCAUCUCUUAGCUUCCUGAUAUGGAGAGCACUUGAAAUGUUUGGGUACAAAGGGGAUAGUUUGGCAACUGGUAUUGUUAAAAAUGGUGGUAAGAUCAGAAAAACAACAUGUCAUUAUCAACUGUCUUACAUUUAUAAGCUCUCAAUGGACAGAACUGUCUGAUUUUUUUUUAACAUGACACAUAAAUGUACACAUAAUAAAAGCUUCUGGAUAACAAGUUCA